AUGAGAUACCCCACACGUGUCUACCGUGGGUCCUCAGUACGUGUUGAACUCGACAUUAUAAUGACAGUGACUACUUGGGACAGAACAGUGGAGGGUGAAUGCUCACACAUGGCUCCGCCGGCUUUCGAUGUUGGCGACCUGAUUUCCAGUGGCGUCGUUCUGUCUGCGGCACCACACGGCGUGUUGCUCAAGCUGCCUUCGCAAGAAGCUCCGGCACUGCUCCCCAACCAGGUCGCACGGGAUGAACUCGAAGUUGGCCAAGAGGUCCAGAACCUCCUCGUCGCGUGUCUCUAUUCGGAUGCUCGAUCGGCAAGCGUUGUGGUUCCAGAAACCGUCGCGGAGGAAGUGGUUGCAGCUGCCGAUGCACAAGGUGGCGCCGAAAGAAGUGAGCAAGUUGCCUCAGAAAGCUCGAGCAGCUUAACCGUGCGAGGCCGGUGGGGAAGAUCGAAGGAGCAGCCCGGAGCAGAAAAGACUCCUGCGGAGGAUCCGGACGAGCGGCAAGAUGGAGACGGCGACUGUCGGCUCAUGCCCUUCCUCGUUGGCAGCCGUGCAGCCGAAACCACCUACUCAAGCGUGGCACAACGACCUGUGGGAGCUCCCAAUGCCGGCGGCUCCGGCCCAGCGGUCGCGUGGCCCAGGAAGCAUCCUGGCCUUGGCCCGGAGCAGGAGUCGGAAGGCCCGAGCUACUCGAAGCUGCAGCUCCUGCAAUUGCGACCAUCCAUUCUGGACGGGAAUGACUUGGAAGAUGCGGCCAGCGUGCCGACGUCCAUGCCAUGUCAGCAGGAGGAAGUUGAUGAGAGGAUGCUGCACAUGGUGAUUAGGCAUCAUCAGCUCCCGGUUUGGUGGGCACGUUGCUGCAAGGAGGCCAAGCUUCAAGCAUUUCGUGUGGCCUGUCGCAUCGGUCGCCUGCGACUGUCAAAGCAGCUUCACACAGAUGCCCUGAAUGUCGAGAUAGAUGCGGCUGUUGUCUCCGAGACGCUUCAGGAGAUGUGUCUUGACAUGCAGUCUGCUGCUGGUGCACGAGCUGCCACUAAAAAGAAGCGAUCUUGGUGGCCGAAGAACUCAUCAUCAGGAGAGCUCAUGUCCGCAGUCGAAGCACAAGCCAUCGCAGCAUGGACUUCCUCUUCCUUGAGUUUCGCCACUGUUCCUGCGGCCUCGGUCGCGGCAUGGUUGUUAGAGCUGGGCGGACCGGUUGGCCUAUUGCUUCCCGAGUCGCCAGGAGAGGAGGCGCUGUCAGCCCGGCUGCGUGGCUUGCGUCUCCUGGGAGAGUUGGGACCUUCGCAUUCGAUCCCUGACUCCUGCACCAUGCUGGCAUCCAUUGCUGGAUGUUUGCGCGAUCCAGAGGCUCGUGGAAGGAAAGCGGCAGCUGAAGCUUUGGGCAACUUCGGACCAGCAGCGGCAGAAUCGCCUCGCGCUGUGCCCAGGCUGCUGAGGCUAGUCAAGCAGGACUGCGACGUCUCGGUGAGAGAGGCAGCCGCCCGCGCUCUCGGAUGCUUGGGCCGUGAUGGUUUAGAGGCCAUUUUGGAAGAUGGUGGGCUGGAGCACAAGGAUUGGGAGGUGAGGGGCUGUGCUGUGCUCGCAGUUGGAUGGAGCGGUGUUGCAGGCCGCGACUGCGUGGACAGGCUGGUAAGCUUGCUCCGGGAUGACUCCAGCCACCCCGACAAGCAGUCCGACGAGCAGCUGCUUCUUCGAAUACGGGUUGCGCAAGCGCUGGGCGCCCGGGCGGAGCUUGCCGGCGACACUGGCCUUCUAGCUUUGGCAAACAGCCUCCGCAGUGAUCCUGCUGAACUGGUGCGUGAGGCCUGCGCCUCUUCCAUUGGCCAAAUUGGCCGAGCUGACAAAGGACUUACAAAGUUGGCGAGAGAAUCUCUGAGCUAUGGUGCGAAUGACGAAGCCACAUUUGUGCAAGAGGCAGCCCGUGCAGCUUUAGACACUUUGCCACAGCUGGGUAAGGAAGAUUUCGACAUGCCACAAAGUGCUUGGCAGUGA